AUGGCUGGGUUUCUGUCGGAGGUGCACGCGCUGCAGCAGCAGCUGGCCAUGAUACACGGCAACCCGCUGAUCGGGCUGCAGGAGGCGGCUGAGCUGCUGUGCAUCCGCCUGAAGACGCAGCUCGUCGCCAUCUGGGCGGUCCCAAAGGACGACCCCACCUGCAGCGUGCUCAUGGCCGCGCACGGCACCGGCGCCGCCGCGCUGCAGCGCCGCAUCGUCACCCGCCGCGCGGAGGACGCGCCGAAGUGUGUGGGGGCCGCCUGCAGUCUGUCAGUCCAAGACGCCUUGAACACCACGGUGGAGGGCAUGCCGGAGGGCCUCACUGGCGACAAGGGCGCCCUGCGCAGCUUCGUCCAGGUGCCCAUCGGCGCGCCCGAUGCGCCGCUGGGCGUGCUGCUGCUGGCCAAGUCAGAGCCCGCCUCGUUUGACAGCAACUGGUGGCAGGUGCGCCUGCAGCUGGCGGGGGCAGGGCUGCAGCCGCACCUGUACCACCCGCAGAUCCAGCAGCUGGCGCAGCUGCUGACGAGGAUGGAGGACGAGCAGGACCCAGUGGCACUGAUCAGCCUGCUCCUUACUAGCGCCGGCCGCUACAUGCACUCCGCGACCAACAUGGCGGCCAGCGCGCGCCUCGCGCUGAUCGCCAGCGCCCAGUCGCCGGAGGUCCCCGAGGCUCUCGUUUUCGAGUGUCCGCCGGCGGCAGCCAAGGCUGCCGCGGCCAACGCCUCGGGCACAGCCAGCAGCGGCUCCAACAGCCUCGGGUCGGACCACCGCCUGGCCCCGCCCAGCGACCCGGAGGCUCACGUCAUCGCCAGCCGGUUGACCCUGGUCAACACGCUGCUGGCGUCGGCGCUGCAGGGGCAGCAGGCGCGAUUCAUCACGGACUGCUCCGCUUACAUGCAGUCAAGCGCCCGCCCCGCGCGGGACGUCUUCACACGGUCUUCGCAGCUGGUGUCGUCGAUCGUGGUCGUGCCAUUGAUAGCGGGCGACGGCCCGGCGCUCGGUGGCCUGUACUUCACAUUCAACUCGCCCUGCGAUUUUAUGCACAUCCAGGACACACUGCUGGGCUUCAUCCAUGGCGUCACCCCCAUGCUGCACAUCAAGCUGACGGGCCGCGCAGACCUGCUGGCUUCAAUGGUCGCCCAGGCCAACUGCAGUGCAUCUGCCCCCAGCACGUCCAAGGCGCUGUCCUCGAGUCUGUCUGGCGGUCGCUCCGCCAGCGCCUUCGCCGCAGCGGCGGCGGGGGUUGCGUCCCCUACCAGCGUCAGUGGGGGCGGGCUGGCGGCGGCGCCGAGCAGCUCGCUCUCCAGCUCCAACGGGACCGACCCGUCGUCGGCGCUGCGCCCCGCCGCGUCGGCGCGGCUGUCGAUGGUGUCAAGCAAUCCCCGGCUCAACACAGAGGCGAUGCUGCAGGUCCUGCAGCAGGAUCUCAGAUCCAAGGGGCGCCAGUGCCUGGCCGACGCGACUGAACUCAGUGUGGCGGAGGUCCUGGGGCAAGGUGGAUUUGGGGUGGUAUACAAGGGAUGGUGGCACAAGGUCCCGGUCGCAGCAAAGGUCAUGCCGGCGCGGAACACCGAAUUUGAGGCGCUGCAGGUCGCGACCGAGAUGGCGGUGUUGUCCACAGUGCACCACCCCAACAUUGUCAGCGUCUUCUCCUGCCUCACAGAUAUGGUCGAGGCGACAGACCCGGGCCGCAGCACCAGCGUGAGUGGCGCGGCAGACAUGCGCACGAGGUACCGCCGGCUGGGCGCCAACGAGGACCCUGAGGGGGCGCUGACCACCUACAACAUUGUGGUCAUGGAGUUCUGCGACCGCGGCACCCUGUAUGGCGCCAUGAAGGCCGGCCACUUCCACCGCGCCAUGCCCAACGGCGCCAUCGGCGUGGACCUGGCGGCCAUUGUGGCGGUGCUGCUGGACGUGGCCUACGCGGUGCAGUACCUCCACGCGAUGCACCUCAUGCACGGCGACAUCAAGACACGGUAA